GAGUGAUCCACAAUUGACUAUCUUUCAGCACGUCUUUUUCCGGCGCUGAAAUGUGACGUAAAGGGCGCAAAUAUACAAGGGAGGUGUUUGUAAUAAGUUGAGACCAUAGACUGGUUGAGACGCUUCAGCUGCACAAUUUUCCACAAUAGAGAAAAUGCACAACUGGCAGGAGAACGAAAUCAAAGAACUUUUGACCAUCCGGGGGUCGGAGGCGAUCCGUAACCAGAUCACGGGCACAGUGAAGGACUCUGUAGUGUACAACAGGAUGACCAAACUGCUGGCGGAGAGGGGGGUGUACAGGUCACACAUGCAGGUGAUCAGUAAACUGAAGGCGCUGAGAAAGCAGUACACCAAGUAUCACCAGCAGAAGACCCGCUGCGGGAGCGACCGCGUCGACUGGCCUUUUUAUGAGCAGUGCCACAGGGUUUUUGGGAAUGCCCCCGUGGGGAAUCCGGUGAAACGGCACAGGAGUCCCACACCCCCAUCUGCACCCUCACCCCCACCGCCGCCGCCACCACCACCACCACCUCCUCCUCCUCCUCCUCCACCGCCGCCGCCUGCCAUCAGCGAAGAGCAUGAGGAGGUUGUAGUCGGCCUCUGGGACGAAGUUGACGACAGAGAGAUCAACAAGCAUCUGGGUCCAGUGGAGGCAGAGGACGACGACGAGCAGUACAGCCCAUCAGAACAGUUACAUCCCAUUAACGCCAUGGAGGAGACCCACAGACCAGUCAGCAUAUACAGUUCCAUCGAAGAAAAAGAAAACAACGGUGAUGGAGCAAGUCUCUACUUUAGUGUCAGCAACAGUCGCACAGCUCAGAGAGAUGGACGCUUCCAUGCAGGCGCAGGAGGACGCCCGGCUACAAAGGUUGAUGGACCAUGAGAAGCAAAUGCAGAACAGUCUAAUGAGUCAGCUGGUAGCCAUGCAUGAAAGGAUCAGCCGGGAAAACCAUGAGAGACACCUUGAACUCGUGGACAGGAUACUCUCUAGGUUCCCUUCACCUUCAGCACCCUGACUGACACUUCCUGUGUGAAUGAUAUGACAGGGUUAUUCAGAUGUAGGGAAUACUUUUGUCUCUCUCCUCCAACAGCUGACUAGUGCCUAAGUCCACAUUCCUUUUGUUUUCACUGUAUUUUUCUUAUAGCUAAUACAAAUCCAGGGUAAAAAAACAGGCCAUGUUCACACUACAGGCCUUCAUGCUCCGUUCUGAUUCACUGCUGAUAUAACUUUGUUUUUAUCUUUUUAGUUAGCGCUUGAACAAUACCAUUGUAAACUGACAGUGGUGCUGAAAAGACACACAAGUGCAAAGGAACAAUAAUCAAACACAAAUUUGACAAGAACAAUGACACUGCACCAUAAUAGUUGACUGUAACACCAUCAUUCCACUUUUAAAAAUAUUUUUUUAAAUGCAUAUUGUAAUGCGAUUUUUACAAAAAAUGUUGGCAGUACACAUUUUCAAAACUCAAAAUUCAAUCCCCCUUUGGACAGCUAAAACAGUCAUAAAACAUAUAUAACUGUAAACUCCAAAUGAUCAAGUCCAUUUAAAUUGGCUAGCUAGACUAUAAAUUGGUGGAUGUAUACUAUAUAUGGAUACACAUAUAGAGCAUAUCAAAACAUAACCAAUCAUUUAAAGACGUAUUAUUAUUAUUACAUAUACAUUUUCUGACUCAAAACUUGCUUAAAAAUCUCUAUCUAAAAUCUCUGUGUCAUGUGAGGCUGAAAAUCUGAAAUUAGAGACUUAACACCUGCAGUGUAAACAUAGCCUUCAGUUAACAUGAAAGAAGACAAAUGAAAAAUGUAAUGUGGUUUCUGAUGUAUGGAUGGAUGUACUGUACAGCAAAAGCAAAACAAAUCACAUAGGCAGCUGCUGUUGUAGAAAUUCUUUACAAAACAUUUGCUUUCAUUUGGGAUUUAUCGUAGAAAAGGUUUCAGUCGUAGUCAUCUGGACACUGUUUUCAGAAUCAAGACGGGUUUUUUUCCAUUUGGGAUCAUUAUGCUAUAAGAGCUAUUCUAAAGUGUGACUUCAGUAAAUAAUAAUUUACUUGACAACAUGGGUGGUAAUAUUGUUGAAAUUUGGCAUUUAGAAAAAGCGUUGCUGAGUGAUUGAUGUACAUAUCAUGUUUCACCCAGCAGUGCUCCCCAGAGGGAGAGGAAACCAGAGUAAGCUAUAUGUACCACUGUAAUGCUGUAGUAGAAGAAAAGCUGCUCUUCAGUGGUUCAUGAAUGGUAGUCUCUUUGUAGCACAGGUCAUAAAUGAUGUAUGAUGAUGGAUAUUGUAAGAAAAAUAUACAAAGUAACUGAUCAUUUAAAAUUCUGAUAUUUAUUAGAAAUAGCCAUCUAGAAAUACUAUACAGAAAAAACAAAAAAUGUAGUGGUACACUUUACAUACUGACAAUCUAAAAUCAUUUGAAGUAAGUGCUCGAGUCGCUGUUCUAGGUGUUAUUCUUGGCUGACACGAAAUUCCCGGUUGCGUUUACUGUUGUUAGCAAUCCGGGAGAUAACGUGUCAUUGAGGAAAAACACCUUCUGCAUCAGACUGCAACAUCAGACAAACUAGAAUUCAGUCAUUACACUCCAAUAUAUCCUGUCAAAAAUGGCAGCACAGCAUUAAACAUAGGCCUUACUUGUGGUAGUUUCACUUUCCUUAACAAUUUGAGAGAAACAAAACUGUAAUGGACCAUCUGAAUUUGAAAUAGUGAGCAGUUAGCACUGUCUUUUUUUAAGAAUCAAAAUGGGUAGACUAUAAACUAAAUAGGCUUUGGUUUUAUACUUGUGGCUCAGUCAGCUUGAAUGUGUAUUUUUAUUGUAGACACUUUUAUACUGUUCAAUACUAUUACCUGCGUUUUACUGUUUUUAAAUGUUGUUUGUUUUUUUCCCCCUGAAUGGAACAAUAAAGUUUUCAACAAAAA